AGAAGGGAGAAGGUGAUAGUUAAAUUCCGCAAUGCAGUUCCCACGCGCAUUCACUUGACGUUACGUCUAGACGUAGCCAAGUAUGGCCAAGUAGUUGACAGUCUUUAUGUCAUCUCUGCGCGAGGAAGUCCGUUAUCUAAACGUUAGAUUUAGAUAUGGGGAAAACUACGAGGGUGGUAGUUUGCGGAAUGAAAGGUGUUGGGAAGACGGCUUUAUUGGAACAGCUCAUAUACGGGAAUAUCGAUGCGAAGAUGGAAAUUCAUCCUACAAUCGAAGACAUUUAUGUCGCCAACAUUGAGACUGAUCGGGGCACAAAGGAGAAAGUUAGAUUCUACGACACAGCUGGACUUGAAUCUCUACAAAGUAAUGUAAACAAUCAGCAGCUUCCACGACACUAUCUUGGUUUUGCUGACGGCUAUGUGUUAGUGUACGACACUGGUAAGCCUGAAUCUCUCGAUGUUCUCUUUCCUUUGAAGAAAGAUAUUGAUAAAAAUAAAGAUAAGAAGGAAAUAAUUGUAAUUGUGAUCGGUAAUCGAACGAAAACCGACGCUGCAUUGAAUAACUUAGAGAAUACUGCGAGCAAAGCGACUAAUUGGUGCACUAGAGAGAAAAUUAAACAUUAUGAGGUGAACGUUAUGGAUAGAUCUAGCUUAUUUGAAGCAUUUAUAUAUCUGUCGUCCAAGUUAAACCCUCCCGCUAAUAAAAGUUCAUUUCCACAAUUAAGUAUGGGUAGGAAAACUGUUAAGACGGAAGCACAGUGAUGCUAAUUUAAGGGUGCGAUGGAAUUUUAUGGACACAAAUCUCUAUAGGGUUGGGACAUGAGAGUCACUCAUGUGAAUGUGUGUUGUGCGUACUCAGGUAUAAUUUAUUUCAUAACGGCUAUAUGCCACGAUGCAGAUAUGCUUUGAGAUCUCAGUAAGAUAUAUAUAUAUAUGGCACAAUAUGUACUUUUCUGUUAACUUUGAACAUAUUUGUGAUAUUAGGCAUGAAACGAGACAAAUGGACUUAUAGCCAUGUGUUUAUCAUGGAUUAUGUACUUAAGAUAUCACUCUACAAGGCCGUUUAAGAUUUAUUAUCAAAUAAAUGCAAAGAAAAGAUUAAA